AUGGAGCAGUUGGCUCAGGGGUUGUACCCACCACUCCAUUCUGUGUUCAUAAAAGGUCCUGGAAGCAUCUUUAUUCAUGCUGAUGGUACUGCUUCCUUCAAGGUGUACCCCAAGUCUGAUGUUGGCAGCAUUCAGCUUUCAGAGGACAAGCUGCUGGAGUGCUUGGGAGUGGCGAUCUAUGAAGCCCUGGACUGGGGAAUCGACAGCCAAGCAGAGCGAGAACUGAGCGAUCAUUUGGAGAAACUGCUGUGCAUCAUGUUGAAACUGGAUAAUGAGGCAAUGAAACCAGCAGCCACCCUGCAGGAUGUUAUCAAGGUCUGUGAGGAGCACUUGUCCAGGCCUUCUGAGGCUACCAGCUAUUAUAAAAUGACCUGCGGAAGACUAUUUACUGAAUAUGUGGAACUACAGAAGCUUGUGACCAUCAUCCAGACUUCCAAAGAGAGUCUGAGAAAAAUGGAUGUGGAAGAUUUGGUGAAAAAUCCCUGUCAGAAGAAGGAAAAAAAUGGGGCAUCCCUGUGGCCCAGCAUCAUCCAUGAACUGGAGAAUGGUGUGAGGCUGCGCAAGGCCACGGAGCGAUCCCGGCGCCACGUGCCUCCAAAAGAAAGCAUCCGUUCUCCCUAUGAAUUACUUUUGGAUGAUAUUCAGCAUAAGAGGUAUACCCUUAGGAAGGUGAUCAUCAAGCAAAACCACAGCACCCUCAAAGAUGAUGUAGCUGCUCCAAAGUCUCAUUUAAAACCUGUGCUGGAGAGGAAGCUGAACGAGUGUGUGCCAUUGGGGUCCAGCUGGCAUGAGCAUCUCAUGACAGACAUAAAACAGCAGCAGAAGCUUCAAUCGGCAGCAGCAAGGGAAAAUGGGAGCAGGCCCAAAGAAAUGCUUGUGAUGCCAAAUACUGUCUUGAAAUCUCCAAGCAAUACUUUCUUAACUCUCCAGAGUGUAAGUACCAAGUUUAAAAUUGUCAACACACCAAGAGAGCACGUGUCCUCUGGUCUACAGGAAACCACUCCCAAGCUGCCUUCCAGCACCUGGCUCGCCUCAACUGGGCCAUCAGUAGUAUCUUGCAUCAGCAGAGGUAUUCCUGCAGAUGGCACAAGUCUUUCUGUGAGUACACCCACACUAGGAGAUACUAAACAUAAUGGUUUCCUGGAUGCUGGCCAACAGCAGCUGCCUCCUUCCAGAGGAAGGUCCAAAUCUUUAGAAAGAGUCCUUCAAAGCAAGGAACUUAACUGCCACUUUUCUACCAAGUGGCCAUCACCAACCAUUGCUGAGUUGAUUGGAACCAGAUAUACAAUGAUGGUGCUGGAAGGGCAAGGCUUAUUCCAAGGAGGUGCCUUUCCAAGAGCGAAGAUCUGUUUCAGCUGCCAUAAGCAGAUGUUGCUUAAGUGGCCUUACAGCUGUCACCUCUGCAGCAGUGUUGUCUGCUGUGACUGCUGCAUCAAGGCAAGUCUAGUCUUUACAAGAGUGCUGAAGAAGAGUUUUGAGUGA